UUAGCCAUUUUCACAUGUGAUGGAGAAACAAUAAUAUUUGACUGCGAGUUGUCUGCAAAGCUAAUCGCUCCGGAAAGUGUACAAUUUGGAUUUGAAACUGGUUCCAACGAGAGAUGCAUAAUUCCGGAGGGAUCCAUUCCAACCUCCGGUGUAAGCGAGGAUGGAGAGUAUUACGUCAAAAUGGAAGCAACAUAUGCACGAGGACGGGGUAAUGCCGACAAAUGUCAAAUAAAAGCUGAUGUAGAAGAAACAGUUGUCGUGGCAACGGCACCCAGUAUAGGGAGGAUACGAUUCCGCGUGCUUCCAUGUCGUAGAAGUGCUGAGCGCAUGUCAUUCUUGGCAAGACCAUUUGAUGAGGCGUUACCAUUUGAUCCAUGUCUAUGUAAAAAUCGUGGAGAGUGUGUACGUGAUGA